AUGAUGCUAAAAUUUAUCAAUUCCGUACAACCCGUAAUUAAUCGUGUUUGCUUAAAUCCGAAGACUUCACAAACACAAUUUCGUUACUUUACGUCUUCUACUGUUACUAAUUCAGUUAAAGUAGCCGUUCUUGGUGCAGCUGGUGGUAUUGGUCAACCACUUUCACUUCUUCUCAAACAUAACGAACUGAUAACAAAUUUAUCACUUUAUGAUAUUGUUAAUACACCUGGUGUUGCUGCCGAUUUGAGUCAUAUAAAUACCGCUAGCAAGGUUUCUGGAUUCCUCCCAGAAAAUGAUGGUCUUAAACAUGCUGUCUCUGGUUCUAAUAUCAUAGUAAUACCUGCUGGUGUACCUCGUAAACCUAACAUGACACGUGAUGAUUUGUUCAAUACUAAUGCUUCAAUAGUUCAGGAUUUAGCUACUGCUGCAGCCAAAUAUGCACCAGAAGCACAUUUGGCAAUUAUUUCCAAUCCUGUGAAUUCCACUGUACCGAUUGUAUCAGAAAUUUUCAAGGCUUAUGUGUUUGGUGUCACAACUCUUGAUGUUGUUCGUGCAUCUCGUUUUAUAUCAGAAAUUAAAGGCACAGAUCCAAAAAAUGAAAGGAUCACAGUGGUUGGAGGACAUUCUGGAGUGACAAUUAUUCCGUUGAUUUCUCAAACUGGAUCAAAUCUCACAGAAGAAGAGACAAAAGCUUUAACUCAUAGAAUACAAUUUGGUGGUGAUGAAGUUGUUAAAGCUAAAGCUGGAACUGGAUCAGCGACACUUUCAAUGGCCUAUGCAGCAGCACAUUUCACUGAUUCAUUAUUGCGUGCAAUUGUAAAGGGUGAAAAAGGAAUAAUUGAAGCUGCUUAUGUUAAAUCAGAUUUAUUUUCUGAGCAAGGUAUUGAUUACUUUGCGUCAGAUAUUGAGUUAAGUACAGAAGGUGUCGGUAAAAUUUAUCCAUUAGGUGAAUUAAGUCCCUAUGAAAAGGAAUUAUUGUCAGCAGCCAUACCUGAAUUAAAGAAAAAUAUUGAUAAGGGUGUUAGUUUUGCAACAAAUUUAAAAUAA